AUGUAUCGCCGAUAUAAUAUCGCGAUAGUGAUAACAAAAAGCUUAAAUCUUUUUAAAUCACUAUCGGCGAUAUUGACCUUAGGGUCAGUUACUAACUGCCCUCUACCAACAUUUGCCGGAAGUCACGUUGUAAUGACGUCAAUGACUUCCGUUGAAGUGAUCUGCAAUUCAAGCAGCCAGAAAUCGAAACUGGAUUGCGUCGAAGGUGGCUGGUCUGGCGUGGUCGCCUCAUGCCAGCAGCUGGCCGUCGUUUCUAAGAAAGAUGAGUCAGCAUCUUCAGCAGACAUGUGGUCUACAAUAACAAAUGAAUGGAAAAGUCCGAAAGGACUGACGUUGGUCAUUUGUUUGGGCGUCUUGUUAGGCAUUGCUGUCGGGAUGAUCAUGCUCAGUUUUGCCAUCUGCCUCAUUAAACAGAAGCCUCGGUGUUUGGCAGAAACUGCUCAACAAAUUGGUGAAAUCGAAUUGUACGAAGAAUCAGCAAACCAAAUAUUUUGCCCUUUGAGAUUCAAUGUACCGACUGCAACCAGUGCAGCCAUGCAGUCACAUCCGCAUCAACAAUUUAACAAUUCCACGACAAUCUACGCGCAACCUAAGCAUGAUGUAUACGACUCGCAACAAAAAACCUAUCCCAGCCUCAUCAAUGGUCAACAACAACAGUUCACUGAACAACAACAUCCACAACAACCUACCUUCAGCUUCCAAACAAACUCCACCAUUUCAGAAUCUGUUGCUACUAAGCCCCAAAAAAUGACAUUCUACAUUGCCAACAAAACGAAAGCAUGCAGUAGCAUCAUAGCAAGCAAGUCUGAAAUAUGCGACCUGCAUUUUAAUAAGUUCUGUCCAGAUUUGGUCAGAUGUAGGGACUAUCAAAGUGUCAGUUAUGCUGACCGCAAUCUAGCAUCAGUCUACGAUUCAACGACAUUAAAUUCUACUAACAACCAAUCAACCGACCACUAAUAUUAUUGUUGCUAAUCAUGCGCUCCAAAAACACGCACCAUAGUCAGCAUAAUAACUUAUUGUAAACUGUAAAUAGUAAUUAAUUCACCUUUGAUUCAUUUGAUAAUAAAUGUUAAAACAUUUUUUAUUAAUAGGGAAAUUUA